AUGGUCGGAAUUGGUCCCAAGCAGCCUCCGUCCCGCAAGGGUUCGAGGCACGAGCUGCCCCAGAAUCUCCUGGGCCCCAUCAAGGAUUUUGAAGAUCAAUUCACCGUGGACAGCAAGAAGCUGAAGGAGAUUGUGGCUCACUUUGUGAAGGAGCUCGAGAAAGGUCUGACUGUCGAGGGCGGUAACAUUCCGAUGAACGUGACCUGGGUGAUGGGCUUCCCCGAUGGCAACGAGCAGGGCACUUUCCUCGCCCUCGACAUGGGCGGCACCAACCUGCGUGUGUGUGAGAUCACCUUGACUGAGGAGAAGGGUGCCUUUGAUAUCACCCAGUCCAAAUACAAGAUGCCUGAGGAGUUGAGAACCGGCACCGCCGAGGAGUUGUGGGAGUACAUUGCCGACUGUUUGCAGCAAUUCCUUGAGUUCCAUCACGAGAACGAGGAUCUGCGCAAAUUGCCGCUGGGCUUCACCUUUUCCUAUCCGGCCACUCAGGACUACAUCGAUCACGGUGUCCUGCAGCGGUGGACCAAGGGUUUCGACAUCGAUGGUGUGGAGGGCCAGGACGUCGUCCCUCCCCUCGAGAACAUUCUCAAGAAGCGAGGCCUCCCAAUCAAGGUUGCUGCCCUGAUCAAUGACACCACCGGUACCCUCAUUGCCUCCUCUUACACCGAUGCUGCCAUGAAGAUUGGCUGCAUCUUCGGUACCGGUGUGAACGCCGCCUACAUGGAAAAUGCGGGCUCGGUGCCCAAGAUUGCCCACAUGAACCUUCCCCCCGACACCCCAAUCGCCAUCAACUGCGAGUAUGGUGCCUUUGACAACGAGCGUGUCGUUCUCCCCCUCACCAAGUACGAUGAGAUCAUCGAUCGUGACUCACCUCGUCCCGGCCAACAGGCCUUUGAGAAGAUGACCGCCGGUCUCUACUUGGGCGAGAUUUUCCGACUGGCUCUACUGGACCUGAUCGACAACAAGCCUGGUCUGAUUUUCAACGGCCAGGAUGUCUCCAAACUCCGUAAGCCUUACCUGCUCGAUGCUUCGUUCCUCGCUGCUAUUGAGGAGGACCCCUACGAGAACUUGUCCGAGACCGUUGAGCUCUUUGAGCGCGUGCUUAACAUCCUGCCUACGCAACCUGAGCUGGAGAUGGUCCGUCGUUUGGCCGAGCUGAUUGGUACCCGUGCUGCUCGUCUGUCUGCCUGCGGUGUUGCCGCCAUUUGCACCAAGAAGAACAUCGAGUCUUGCCACGUUGGUGCCGAUGGCUCUGUGUUCACCAAGUACCCUCACUUCAAGGCCCGCGGUGCCGUGGCUCUGCGACAGAUCCUUGACUGGGCUCCUACCGAGAAGGACAAGGUGGAGAUCUUGGCCGCUGAGGAUGGUUCCGGUGUGGGUGCUGCCCUCAUUGCGGCUUUGACUCUGAAGCGUGUCAAGGCGGGCAACUUGGCUGGUAUCCGAAACAUGGAAGACAUGAAGACUCUUCUGUAA